AUGUCAAAAACACAAACCUUACGUGCAUCUGACUACCAAAACGAUGGCCGUCCGCACGUCUUACUAGCAUGCACAGGAUCAGUCGCAACUAUCAAGAUACCUCUAAUCAUUGAAGCUCUUUCGCAUCAUGAUAUUUCCAUGCGCCUAAUACUAUCCUCUUCAGCCAGCCAAUUUCUCCAAGGACAAUCUGCUGAACAGCCUUCUGUAUCGUCACUUCUCGGGAUUCCAAAUCUUGAGGCUGUAUAUACGGACGAAGAUGAAUGGUCUCAGCCUUGGACUCGGGGUGCAGACAUUCUACACAUCGAGCUAAGGCGUUGGGCCGAUAUAAUGAUAAUUGCUCCUCUUUCCGCAAAUUCCAUGGCCAAAAUGGUUGCUGGUAUGGCGGAUAGUCUGGUCAUGUCUGUGGUACGUGCAUGGGAUACGACUGCUGUCAUCGAUGCUCAACGACCAAAUCUACAUCCAUCGCUUCGUACAUCGACAGGGAAGAAGCCGUUGUUGGUUGCUCCUGCUAUGAACACUGCCAUGUGGGCGCAUCCUAUUACACAUAAGCAAGCUGCUGUUUUGGGGCAGGAAUGGGGUGUCGAUGCUGGAGGUUGGAUCAGACUCAUCAGGCCUGUUGAGAAAGAACUGGCAUGUGGCGACACUGGGGGAGGGGCCAUGCGUGAGUGGAAAGAUAUCGUUACCAUCGUCCGGCAAUAUCUGGGUGUUGAAGCUCCUAGUGCUACAAUAAGUGCUAAAUCAUGA